AAAAAAACUAUUAGGCUUAAAAGGGCCAAUUUAAAAAAAAUUGGAUAAAAUUUAUAAAAUUGAAAUUUGAAAAUUUUGUAUUAAAGGUUUUUUAAAAAGAUGAAAUUUCCAACUAUAACUGAUUCGAAGAAUUUCGAUCCCAGAGCAGAUGCUGAGAAGUUAAUGAAAGCCAUGAAAAGAAUGGGCACUAACGAAAAGGAAAUACUUAAUAUAGUCGCUCGCAGAUCUAACAAUGAGAGACAAAUGAUUUCUCACACAUACCAGGAACUUUAUAAAAAAGAUUUGAUAAAGGAUUUGAAAGGGGAAUUGUCUAAGAAGUUAGAAAAAAUUAUUCUUGCGUUGAUGAUACCAGUGCUGGAGUAUGAUUGUUUAACUUUGCGCAAUAGUAUAAAAGGAAUAGGAACAAACGAAUGCCUUUUGAUACAGAUAAUUUGUUCGAAAAGCUUCCAACAAUUGACUAGCAUUCAAGAAUGUUAUAAAAAAUGUUAUUCGACGGAAUUAAUAAAUGAUUUAAAACAUGACACCAGUGGAAAUUUUGAAAAAAUAUUGAUAUCCUUACUGACGAUUGAUCGCAAACAGGCUCAUGAAGAGGAUCGACAAAAAGUCAUAGUUGAUGCUAAAGCAUUAGCCAAAGAAAGUUCUGAGAAGCUACUCUUCUUCAAUAAAGCUAUCUUUAUAGAAAUUUUGACAUCUCGAGACUUGAAUCACUUAAAAAACGUUUUCGCAGAAUACGAAAGGAUAACUAAGUUGAAUAUCGAGGAUGUCAUAAGAAAGGAAAUGCACGGAGAUUCGGAACAUGCUUUAACAGCAUUGGUGGAAUGCAUUCGUUACCCUUCUUCAUUUUUCGCCAAAAGGAUUAAUCACACUUUAGAAGGUAUGGGAACUCAGGAAGAUGAAUUGAUAUACAUUAUUGUAUCGAGGUCUGAGAGAGAUUUGGGGAGGAUCAAACAAGAAUACGAAAGGAUCUAUGACAAGUCUUUGGAGCAAUGCAUUAAAAGUGAUACGUCAGGAGAUUUCGAAGAUGCAUUGCUUUUGAUCAUUAAGGGAAAUUGCUAGAUUACUCUAAUUUUAGACAUAGGAUCACAUAUAGAAGAACAGCUCAAAUUCAAUAUUUAUAUAUUUUUUUUAAAAAAUCUCACAUUAUAUCCAGUCAAUUUUUAAAAUUUUUUUAGCCAUCAUGAUCAUUGUUAAUU